UUUCCCAUUCGAUUUCGACUUUUUGAGGCGCGUGCCGCCCGAGCAGAGGGGCAUUAUGUUUGUGGAUAGCCGCCGAGCUGGGGCACUACGUUCUGCAUUGGUAUGCGUGAGCGGGCAGCGAUGUUGAGUUUCAUUCAUAAAAACCGAAAGAGGGCGCAUCUCGUGCCUCAGUUGUGUUCGGACAAGCAAACGCGACGGUUGAAAUAGAAGAAGCUAAAAGGCAAGCCCAGCGCAAGCUAGCAAAAGAUAUCAAGAAAAUCACACAGCGAACAUUACAUAUAUCCAACGUGAAAUAUCUUAUUGGAAAAUCUCAAAAAUAAAUACAAAAUAACAAAACGGUUUUGUGAAGUGAAAAAUUAUAUAGCAGUGCCAAAAGAAAAACAAAAAAACAAAGAAAACCAAAAGCAAGAGAUACUUGCUUAUCAAACUAAAACUUAAAAGUAAAAGUGAAAGGAUAUUUGGGCAGUUGUGGCAUGAAUGAAAGCCAACAACAACAACAACAAAAGCAAGAAGAGCCACAGCCACAACCACAGCCGCAUAAGAUGAUUACACGAGCAGUGGGCUUUAUUGAUUUUUUGGCCUCGCAGUGAGAACGAGAACGAAACUUUUCGUGAAACUGACAGUGAAAAUACUUUAGACUCGAGUCUAAGAGCAAGCAAAAGCCGACAAGGCUACAAAAGCCAAAGGAAAAUCCCUUUGAAUUCUUCUGCAAGUGCCAUUGCGAUCCAGGCGGCGUAGCCCCUGGAACUCCAUCAGCGGCCAUGAUCAUGGAAGGGCUUGAAACCCUGGUGGCGCCAACCCAUCACGCAUUCCUGCUCACCGAGACGGCCGCGGCCGCUCACUUCAAUGUGCUGAGCUUCGACACCUGUCUUUUUAAGACUAGCACGGCGGCCCAGAGCAGCGGGAGUCCAUCGACUGCCACCUAUCUGAGCCCGGCCCAAUUUGGUGGCAAUCACGGUGGUGCCAGCACUAGCAGCAACUCCCUGAACUCCUCCUCGGCGGCCUCCUCAUCAUCUUCAUCCUCGUUGCUGCACUAUACCACCGCGUCGGCAGCUGCCGCUGCAGCAGCCGCUGCCGCUGCCGCAUCCGCUAAUAAUUCGGUGCUACGAGCUCGUAAUCAAACGGCCACGCCAACUCAGGGCGGUAGUCCGGGACACGUGGCCGUGCAGCCGAGUGCCACCGCCAGUAGUGGACGCAGUUCGGCCUCGCAUCUCAGCCUGUUGAACACCAGUGGUCAGCACAGUCCUGCUUCCUCGGCCGUCGAACAGGUGGAGGCCCACAAACAGCUGAUCGAGGCGCUGCCGGGUGAUCUCAACACUCCGGUGACCACGUCCAGCGAUAUACCUUCGUUCUUUGGUCCUACUACAGUGGUGGAACCACCGCCAAUUACUGGAUCUAUUGAAUCCGAGGAUCUCUCCUUGGAACCCCAAGUGGUAUCUGUGGCCAGUCCCGUCUUGUCCCAUUGCAGUCCAUUGAAAGAAGAGCGCAGUACUCCGCCGGCUUUGGCAAUUGUUAAGGAAGAAUCAAGUAAUAAUAGUUGUAAUAUGUACCCACAACACAACAACAACAACAACAACACAACAUCAUCAUCAACAACAUCAACAACAACAACCACCACCAAACAGACAACCAGCGAAAGCAACAACAAUACCGAGGGCGUUGGCUCACCCGGCAAUCACACACAGUCACACCAACAACAACAGCUGCAUCACAACAACAACAACAACAACACAAGCAACUGCCACCACAGUCACCAACAACAGCAGCAGCAGCAACAACAACAACAACAACACAUGAGCUCCCCGCAACAUCAAUACCAACAACACCAAAUAUUACACCAACAACAACAAUUGCCAAAUCAUCAUCAUCAUCAUCAUCACCAUCAACAUCAUCACAGUCAGCAUCUACAACUCCAACAACAACAACAACAACAACAGCAGCAACAACAACAACGGCAACACCAACAACAGCCGCUACACCAACAACAACAGCAAUUGCAACACCAGCAGCAACAACAACAACAACACCACCAACAACAACAACACUACCAACAACAUGCCAUACAACAACAGCAAGCACAACAACAGGCUAGCAAAAUCUCAUAUCGUGGCAUUUUCACCACCACAGGCAACGCGAUGAAUGCAGCAGCCGCCGCCGCCGCCGCAGCAGCAGCAGCCCAGCAGCAACAGCAACAACAGCAGCAGCAGCAGCAGCAUCAGCAACAGCAGCAACUUCCCUCCCCCCAACUGGGCGUUUUGGCCGGGCCAAUGUCACCGCCCUCAAACAGUUUGGGCAACAGUUGGGGUCUUCCCAGUCCGGAUAAGACCAUGUUCCAGCCACCCUUGUUCAGCUUGCCUGCUCAUUAUGCCACCAUGCAACAGCAGCAGCAGCAACAACAGCAGCAACAGCAAGCGGCAGGAGCUGCCCCAUCGCCCUACGACGACGGACGUGCCGCAGCAGCAGCGGCAGCCCAGCAUGCUGAACUCUUGGGUCUGACCAUGGACUGUACCCCUUUGUUGCUGAAGCAACCGCCACCAACUUACGCCGGAGCCUCUGCCGGAUUCCCGAGCCUAAGUGACCUGCACACCAGCCACGAGCAACAGUUGCAACAGCAGCAAUAUGUGCGAUCGCAGCCGAAAUAUCAAUGGCUAGACUCACCAGCGGACUAUGCCCAGCAGCAACAGCAAGUGCAACAACAGGUGCAACAGCAGCAGCAGCAGCAACAACAAACAUUGGUGCUACCAGGACCCACUUCAUCGGCCAGCUCCAGCAAUGCAGCCUUGGGUGUCUUGAUACCCAAACAGGAGAGCUAUCCCGAUAUGCAGCCAAGUUCAAAUGGCACUGGCUACUCAGCUGGAUCUGGAGGAAGUUCGGCGGCAGCCGCUGCCGCCGCUGCUGCAGCAGCAGCAGUCCAAUUGGCGGAAUAUAGUCCAUCCACCAGCAAGGGACAUGAGAUUCUGUCCCAAGUCUAUCAACAGAGCAGUGUCCCCUUGAAACUGGUGCCAGUGAAGCCACGUAAAUAUCCCAAUCGCCCCAGCAAGACGCCGGUGCAUGAGCGACCCUACGCCUGUCCGGUGGAAAACUGCGAUCGUAGAUUUUCCCGCUCCGACGAGCUCACCCGCCACAUACGCAUCCAUACGGGUCAGAAACCCUUCCAGUGUCGCAUUUGCAUGCGCAGCUUCAGUCGCAGCGAUCACCUCACCACCCACAUUCGCACCCACACCGGCGAAAAGCCCUUCAGCUGCGACAUUUGUGGCAGGAAGUUUGCCCGAUCCGAUGAGAAGAAGCGGCAUGCCAAGGUGCAUUUGAAGCAGCGCAUCAAGAAGGAAAAGGUACGCGGCGAACAGCAGCAGCAACAACAACAGCAGCAACAGCAACAACAGCAGCAACAGCAGCUGCAGCAGCAACAGGAGCAACAUCAUCUGAGCCUGCAGCAACAUCAACAGUACCAGCAACAUCACCUGCUGCACUCCGCCGAUUUGGCCAUCGUAACGUCGAGUGCGAGCAUGUAGAGACUACAGAACUCGACAUCCAGGAUUGAUGAUAAGGCCAAGGCACCGGUACCCAAGGUUAGUCUGGCCUUAGCCCUGGAUCUCGACGAGAGCGCCUUUCCCUUCGAGCUGACAUCGGACUAUGGAACCCUGUCGCCCCUCACCAGUCCCAGGCAGUAUAAUUACGUGUGGGUUGGCCAGGAUUCCAGUCAGCCCUUCUUCUACAAGGACAGUCAGGAGAAGUUGGGAUAAACCAAAAGAAUCCAAGGGAAAAUCACAAUCGCUGCUGCUGAAUAUAAUCAUAUAUAUACACAUACUGAGUUGUAGUCGUUAAAAAUCGGGGUUGUGCUAUCAGCAAAAUUCUAUGCAAGACAUUAAAUCAUAAAAGAAGAUACAAUAUAGCCUAGAUAAUAUCACAAGAUCCAAGGUCAAGGAAUCGGAUAAAUCGAGAAAAACAAAAAGCAAAACAGAGUUACUAACCAAUACAAAGCCUAACUAAAGCAAAUUGAUGAUUACUAAUUAUAUUCGAUGUAAUUGAAAAAAGAAAAUGGGAAAAUAUUUAACUUAUGUCUCUAAUACUGUGAUCUCAUGUGUAAUAAUUAUUAAUUUUAAUUUCCUUAAAUAACUGCAAAUAACCAGAAAUAAUUUUAAAAAUUAUAAUCCUUUCGCCUUUGCCUAGCUAAUGUUCAUUUUUUAAAAAUGCUAACACACAAACACACACACACAACACUAAUUUAUUGCAUUUUAAAAUAAUUAUAUAUAUAUAUAUUAUAUAUUAUAAUUAUUAACUUAUUGUCUUAAAGGUUUAGAUUUAGGUUUUAACAUACAGAAAACACAAAAUUUGAACACACAAAUCUUAGCAUAUCAUUUUCUCCUCUAAGCAUUAUAAAUUGCAUAAGUUAAAAACAAAAAAUUACUUUAAAAAUCGAAUAAUGCAAUUUUCGUGUGCUAAUUAUAUGUAAAAAACAGAAAGAAAAGAAAGAACAAGAAAAAAUUGUUUAACAAAAACGAAAACUUAAAUUUGAAAAAUGCCCCAGUGUACUUCCUUAAUUGAUUCGAAAUCAAAAAUGGCAAAAACGAAAAUUCAAAUUUUAUAUUAUCUAUUUUAUUUUUAAAUAAUUAUAUGUUCUAUCUACUGUAGAAAGGAAUUUCUUUUUAGUUUAAGUUUAAUUUUAAGUUGAAUUAAUUUUUAUAUUAUUAUUAGUUUAAUUUACUUUUGAAAAUAUAUAACGAUUUUUUAAAAAACAUAUUUGUUUUGUGUUCUUUUUUUGGUUUUUGUUUCAUUUUUCAGUUUGAAAAAAUCUUAAGAAAUAUAAAAAACGAAUGGUGCAUGCUAAAUAGAUGGUUUCGGUUUGCAGGAUUUGGCAAUAAGGAUCGAAUAAGAAAAUUGUUAAGCGUUUCGUAGGUGUUAGACAAUAGAAAUAUUGAAAAAACGUUGAGUACAAGAAAAAGCUUUCACUUCUCGUUUAGAAUCUUUCCCCAAAACUAUUUCCCUUAGCUAUAUAGAUUUUCGUAUGGCUAUGAAUCACAAAGUAUACCUAUAAAAUAAGUAUAAAUGAAUUAAGAUUAAACUUAAAGUUGAAGUUCAGCUUAUUCUGAAUGAGUCUGGCGCCUCAAAAACCACAGCCUAACGAACAUGAAACGAAGUAGAAAAUUAAAAUGGAACUCUUGUGCCACUUGAAAAAUAUAUACAUAAAUCUUUAUAAAGAUAUAUAAAUGCAGAGAGCAACGAUAGCUGAAAUACGAAUGUAACGAAUGGUUUGAGAAUGUUUUAAAUUCGGAUCUAUUUUAUAGCAAAAAUAAUGGUACACAUAUAUUUUGCAUAGCCGCUAAAAUCAGACACAAAUUAGCAUUAGGAAUGUUUAAACUAGCAGCUAGGUUAAAGGGCAGUGCCAAUAAAUAAGAAUAAAAGAAGAAAACAAAACACUUUCCAAAAAAACAAGAAUAAUAUUAAUCUAUAUAUUUGUAUUGAAAGUUUGUCAUUUCUUAGCUAGUGUAAUGUUCGAAGUAAGUCACAAAGUAUCCAGAAAAUACAAAUGAAUGUGUGAAACUUAUGUGCCAUCAAGAAAAUAAUGAAACUUAUAAAAACCGAAGAACACAAAAAUAUAUAUAUUUAGUAAGAGAAGAUUUUGGAAUUUUAAACGUUGUGAUUUAUAUUGUUCAUUUGAUGCAUGGUUCAGUGUUAAUAAUUAAAUCAAUAACUAUUAUUCAGUCAUUUAUCCAGAACGUAACAAAAAAACAAUGGGCAAAGCUUAUAUCCAUAGGUGUACUUAAUUGUGUAAAUAUGUAGAUGUUGCUUAUGGACAGUUUUUCUUCCAUACAUAAAUUAUACAUAUAUAUAUACAAAUAUAUAUAUAUGAAUGUGAAAAUUCACUUGGAUAAAUGUAUUUUAUUGAUGCAUUCUUAGCUAGACAACAAUUAUUCGUAGCUAAGCAGAAAAAUCACAAUUCAACAUGCUCAAAUGGUGAAGCUUGCAAAAAUGAUUUUUUGUAGUUUUCGCAUUGCAGUUCAAAUUUAAUUUGUUUGUGCGUUAAAUACAUAGUUAUAUAAGCGUUUCUUAAUGUUUUUUGUGUGCACAUUAUGUACUUAAUUACCAUCUAAAAGAAUAUAUAUAUACAUUAAGAGACUCUCAAUUCGUAAACUCUAAUUUCCAAGACUGUCUUUGUGUUUAGAUCGUUAAGUCUGUCAAAUUGGUUCUAUCAUCCAAAAACUAUAUCAGUUUUUCUUAUAAAUUCAACAUCUAAUAUAUAUAUAUAUGUAUAUCCCUAAACAUAAGUUGAUAUUUUAUGUCAAAAAACUAAACUAAACAAUAUUCAAAUUAUAUAUUUAAAAUACAAGAAAAUAUG